GGCGGGGCGCGAGACUCAGUCAGCGCUCGAGCGUUGUAGCAGCAGAACAUCGUCGAGCCGGUCACUGCCCUCCAUAUCACUGUGCACCGUGCCAGCGCUCGAGCUCCAGCGACACAGCACGCACUCGGAAUUUAGUUUCACUUUGACGUACCUCGAUGUGAUUUACUCGCUUUAAUUUCCUCAGAUAAUUUUAAAAAGAAGACGAACGGAGGUUUUUUUUUGGAGCAGCGGGACAAGCUCGGCGACACCGGGGCACAGAGCGACCGGGGAUAAGAGCGAGGCUUCAGCUUAUUAUAACCCAGCACACUGGACAGUAAUUCCUGCACGAGAGGACGGCACUUUGGAUUACUUUGACACACAGUUUGGGAAUCGAAUACACCACACAUAUAACUACAAUAAUGUGUAUUCUGCUUCUCAGCAUGUCGCUUUUCGUUAGUAGAUAACACAACCAGCACAUUGCGCUGAUCGGAUGCAUGUACUUGUGCGCGCUUUGUGCAGAUUUCAGCUACGGGAGAAGCAGUGACCUGUAGCAAAAUAGCAUAAUACAAAUAUUUUUGCAUUUAUUUAAUUUAGAAAUAACCCCACAACUUAUUCAACAUUGUGUUGGACCGAGCUCUGAGCCUUUUUGAACUCAGAGAAACCUGCAAAGCCCGGAUCAGGACCAGGAUGCAUCUCAGUUGAAACCACGAUUCCGGGACUUUGGUAUUGAAAUCAGAUCGGACGGACCUCCACCUCCAUCCUGGACCAGGACAGGAUCCGAGUCAUGAUGAAUCCUGGCGGACAGAUGUUGAUCCUGCUCCCGGUGCUGCUUUGCCUGAUCUCCGGAGCCUCCUGGGCAGCGACCCUGGGCGGACUGGGAGACAACGUUCUUGGUCAUUAUAAAUUCCAGGAUGUGGCCAACUUCAGCACGUUCCUCCUGGACCGCUCAUCAGGCGCGCUGUUCCUGGGUGCCAGGGAUGCAAUCCUAGCUGUGGACACCAACAAACUGAACCAAGAACCACGAAAGAUUGUUUGGGAUGUGCCGGAGGAGAAGAGGAGGUCAUGUGUAGCAAAAGGAAAGACGGAGGUCGACUGUAACAACUACAUCCGUCUGCUGGAGUUUCUGGGUGACGGACGUAUCUAUGUGUGUGGCACCUAUGCCUUCGAUCCACAGUGUGCCUUCCUGAAGCUCUCCUCCUUCACCCUGGAGAAAGCCGAGGAUGGAGGGGUGAAGAUGGAGACGGGGAAGGGCAAGUGUCCCUUUGAGCCCAGUCAGCACUACACAGCUGUCAUGGCAGGUGGUACCCUAUACACAGCAGCCACCAGUAACUUCCUGGGAACGCUGUUCGACAUCUCCCGGGCAACGGGUGCUGAGCAGGAGCGCAUCCGAACUGAACGAUCCAUCAACUGGCUGAGUGACCCAGAGUUUGUGAGCUCAGCCUUCAUAGAGGAGUCUGCAGACAGCAACCCGACAGGAGACGAUGACAAAAUCUACUUCUUCUUCACUGAGGUGGCUAAAGAGUAUGACCUCUACACCAAAGUCAAAGUGCCCAGAGUGGCACGAGUCUGCAAGUCUGAUGUGGGAGGGAUGAAGACUCUGCAGCGACGUUGGACCACAUUCCUCAAGGCCCAGCUGGUGUGUGAGGACAAACCCAGCGGUCAGCGCUACAACAUCCUAACUGAUGUUUUCACCACGCAACACACACCAGGCGACCCCAGCAGCACACAUUUCUACGGACUAUUCACGUCUCAGUGGGAGCAUGAGGAGUUGUCUGCAGUGUGUGUUUUCAGUCUGUCUGACAUCAGCAAAGUGAUGGACGGUCCCUUUAAAGAGCUGAAGAAGACCUGCGAGAACUGGAUCAACCCUGAACCUGUCCCCAUACCAAGGCCUGGCCAGUGUUUGAACAAUGGUUUGAAGGCGGAGGGGUUCGAGUCCUCCCUGAAACUUCCCGACAAGGUGCUGACAUUUGUGAGGGACCACCCCCUGAUGGAGAACAGUGUUACUGCAGCGCCCCUGCUGGUCCGCAAGGGAAUCAGAUACACCAAGCUGGCUGUAACACAGACGGGCAGCGGAGAAGAGCGGAAGGGAGCAGUGCUGCACCUUGGAACAGACCGCGGGGAGCUCCACCGGGUGGCAGUAGUGGGCCAGAACGCCACCUUACUGCAGGAGAUUGCUCUGUUCACCUCACAGGAACCUGUCAAUAAUAUAUUACUGCACCAGGGCCUGGCUCUGGUGGGCAGCCCUCUGUCUCUGGCUCGUGUCCAGGCUGAAGGCUGCGCUCUGUAUGCCGGCUGUAAAGUGUGUGGCAGAGCCAGAGGACUGGGCUGUGUGUGGAGCACAGAGGAGACAGCCUGCAGGCCCACAACUGCAGAUCCUGGUCCAGGUGAUGUGGUUGACAACGCCUUGAGAAAGUGUGAUAGAGAGGAGGGGCGUUGCAACCCGUCCAUGAGGGAGCUGCGAGUUUCUUUGGGUCUGCGUCUCCUGUUGCCAUGUGUCCAGCUGUCUCCCAGGCCCUGUAGCUGGGAGCAUCCUCCCCACAGACACACCAGGCAGCACCACUCUGACCUGGAGGUGACUGUCACAGAGGACACUCUUGGAAAAUACACCUGCACAUGCCAGGAGGCGGGACCAGGUAUCAGAGACCCCACCCCCUGCCGCAGAGCAGCCUAUCAGCUGACACUAGAAGGCCCCAGUGCUGGGGGAGCAGUGGCGACAGCAGGAGGUCGUCACGUGCUGGCCAUCUACAUCCUUUUCUUCUUCUUUGGUUUAGCGUUUGGUGCAUUUCUCCUCUACUUUGUGACCCGCCGGCGCAGCAUUGCCCGCCAGGGUCACCACCUGCCUGAUAAUUCGCUGUCGUCAGAGAAAGGGCGGGACUUGCUGGGCUCCUCAGCCACGCCACAGUCUCCUAGCAGUGCCAGCCUGCUGUCCGAGGGAUUCAGAUUGACAGAGAAACGUAACGGGACGGCGACCUCAAACACAACUACGACGCUCCUCAGCAACCAUGGGAAUGGUGGUCACCAUGGCAACAGCUACAGUGGCACCCUGAUCAACCCCAGCAAUGGCCACGGGAAUGCUCUGUAUGCCAACUGCAACACAAGUAGCAGCGGGCUGAAGUUCGCCUCCGAAAUCUUAGCUGCAGACUUGUUGGAUGGAAGGACGGGGGAGAGGGGGAGGCUUGAGGGGGUGGAGAGGGAGUCGGGGGACGAGGUGGAUGAGGGGCUGGGGGACGGGUUAGGGGAUGGAAUAAAAGGACUGGAGGAGGAGAUGGCCAGCUUUCCCAUGUUUAAAUCACCAGCCCCCCUGGCUAAGUGUGAAGAAAGUUCCAUAUGAAAAGGUGAUAUAAAUGUUGAUUGCACCAUUUGGCGUACUCCAAACAAACUAAAUAAUCCCGGGAGGGAUGCAAAAUGGCUAUUGCCAAAUGCCUUUGAAUGGGAGAUGUGGCAUGAAGAGAGACUACAGAGAUGUAUGAGAAAUAUAUAUGAUAAGUUUAUGUCUAAGCAUGUGCGAGAGAAAACAUGUUACAGUGUUGUGAGUCGUUCAGGAUGAGAGCCACAGCUAAAUAAAUGUGUCGUAAUAUAAAAUGUAAAUAUAAGCAGUCUGAACUUGACUGUGGACACGGAGCUAUCGCGCAAUUUAAAUGUUAAAAAAAAAUCAAAGAUGUAAUGUCUACACGUGUAGACAUUGAAAAGCCAUAUUGUCUUUCUCCUUUACUUCUGUUGUGCUUUGCUCUCUCAUUCUCUUCUCCUGAUGGCACUGCAAAAGAAAAGUGCACUUUGAAUCUCUCAGCACCUCUCUCUCUAUUUCUAUUCCUCUCUCUGACAAAACUCAAAUCCCAGACCUCGACAGGUCCAAAGGCACCAAAAUACUGAGCCAUAGACUGUCUUGUCAGAGUGCACCGGUCCUGGGCUUUAAAGGGAGACAAAAGAACAAAGAAGAGAGUCCCUCAGAUGGGCGACAGUGAGGAUGACGGGGCUGUCCCUGCCUACACUGCCGCAGAGGUCAAUAGGAUGAUUUGUAUCUGUGGAAAGCUCAAGAUGCACAGAAGAUGCAAGGAACUGACAGCUGCCCAGAUAUGUCACUGUUCACCUUCCCAGUUACUGAAACUUGUGAAUGUGAAAUUCAUUUCAGCCUCACGGAAUGGACCUUGCCAGACACAAAGCCACCAUCACCUCGUUUUGUGAGUGUGGAACUUAAAAAAUGUAUCGUUUUUGUCAUGUUGUUUUGUAAUAAAGCCUAAAAACAAGUUGCCGUUAA